AUUAUAAAAUAAUGGAAAUUGAAGUUAAAAGCUAAAAACCAAACCCUCUGGUUUCCCUCUUUCCAUGACCUGCUGGUCUUGAAUUCUCCUAUCCCUCUCUUAGUCCCUUCUCCAUUGUCACACCUCUCUCUCUCUCUCUCUCUCUCUCUCUCUCUCUCUCAGAUACACACAGCAUUGCCAACAUUCUACCCGCAGCGGACUCCUUCGCAGUGAGUGAGGGAGUUGUUACGGAUGCCUAUCAAACUCUGUUCAUGUCAACGCCUUCAUAGCUUUUCAAUCCGCAGAAUCUUCAAGGAAUGGUAACUGGAGCGAUUCAUCAAGAGGAUGGGGAGAAGAACCCAGCGAGCAUCUCAAGGGGCGGGGCAGCGAGGUCGUGGGGUACUACGAUUUCAGGCCAAUCCAUCUCGACGAGCGGAAGCGUGGGGUCUCCGUCCAGUCGGAGCGAGCCGGCGAUGGCAACACCAGCCAGCGAGAACACAGUCCUCAGAUUGAACCAUCUCGACAUUCAUGGCGACGAUGCUGGAUCUCAAGGCGCCGUUGCUAGCAGGAAGAAAAAAAGAGGUCAACGGGCAGUUGGAGGUGAUAAAAGUGGUAGGGGACUCCGCCAGUUCAGCAUGAAAGUGUGCGAGAAAGUGGAAAGCAAGGGAAGAACCACUUAUAAUGAGGUUGCAGAUGAACUUGUUGCUGAAUUUGCUGAUCCUGGUAAUAGCGCUACUUCUCCAGAUCAGCAACAAUAUGAUGAGAAAAAUAUACGACGAAGGGUAUAUGAUGCCCUGAAUGUUCUCAUGGCAAUGGAUAUUAUUUCGAAGGACAAAAAAGAAAUACAAUGGAAGGGUCUGCCUCGUACUAGCCUGAAUGAUAUUGAAGAAUUAAAGAGUGAGCGUAUUGAACUGAGAAAUAAGAUUGAAAAGAAAGCUGCAUAUUUGCAAGAGCUAGAGGAACAAUACAUAGGUCUUCAGAACCUGAUACAGCGCAAUGAGCAAGUAUACAGCUCAGGAAAUGCGCCCAGCGGAGGCGUGGCUUUACCUUUUAUACUGGUUCAGACACGUCCACAUGCAACUGUUGAGGUUGAAAUAUCAGAAGACAUGCAGCUGGUGCAUUUUGACUUUAAUAGCACCCCAUUUGAGCUGCAUGACGACAAUUACGUUCUCAAGGCAAUGAAAUUUUGUGAUAGACCUCAAAGUAGUGAUGAUAUGGGUCACAAUAAUCUUUCUGAAGGCGGUGAAGGCUCUAGCAUGCCAAGCGUCUAUCAACCCCCACCAAUCCCCCAUCCAUCGUUGUCGAACAAUCCGGGUAGGCCUCCAUCCUCACCGCCUCUUCCUGGAAUAUUGAAAGCUCGCGUCAAGCACGAACAUUAAUCUGCAACUUCCAAGCUUCACCAGCUUACCUUAGGUGGCAAUCUCAUCAUAUUUGUAUAUUGUGUAAAGUAUUAUGCCAGAGCUAGCCCCAUUUUGUUAUCUUUGCCUCGAUAUUGCCUCAUAUUAUUAAGGAAAUUGAACAUAACAAGCAUAUCAGGUCACGUCAGUUGCUUCCAAGAUUUCAGAGGGUUUAGUUCUGGCAAAUUCCCUGCUUUACAUAUCAAUGAUUUGUUUUUGUAAUUUUUCUUUCGUAUUUUUACUUCUGCCUUCUUUUGGGCGACUAAUGUAGUAGGAUUGAAGUUCAUUUGUAUCCGAUUUAGGGGAUAAUGGUAUUGUUAUUACAUAGGAGUGAUAAAGAUGAAAUCAAUUCAGCAAUUGGAACCUCCCUGUUCCACCUGUUUUCCAUGCAA